AAAGUGUAUAAUUGUGAAUAGGACUGUUGUGGAAGAGGACCAGUGGAAAGAAGGGAAAAGAAAGACAAUAGGACAGCGGAACUGAAAUCGAAAUGGAGAGAAAGGCUUGGUUUUUUCUGGUUCUGUUAUAUGUCGGCAUACACACCAACAACUGCCAGAACUAUAUCUCGUUCAAUUACCAGACCGAUAAAAGUCUGUCUCAGCCAUUUUUUCUCAACUUCACUAUACCCGACAUGUUUUCCUGCUUUUCGCUCUGUCAGCAAAUCAUCAAGUGUGGUUCUGUCAGUUUUGAUACAAGUAACAAGGUUUGCGAGAUGAACGCAAAGAAUUCAACCAGCGGAUCGGUGACCGCCAGUUCCGGGUACCUGUUCACUGACGUCACUUCCUCAACGACAUUUGCCGGUGGAUGUGCUGACAGUAACUGUGAAGAUACUGACAUCUGUAUCCUGGACCAGGAUGGGAACAAAAGUGGAUGUGCAAGUACAAUAUAAUCGAUCGCACGGACUUGCUUGCUGACCGCUGGUGUCCUUGUCUGGGUUUAGUAUUGUGUGUAUG